AUGAUUUCCCAGUGCUCAAUUCCGGAAGUUAAGGAGGAGGUGAUCGGCUAUGCGCUAGAUGAGCGUAAACAAAGACUGGGCCAAUUUCAGGAUCUCGGUCCUCCAGACUUGAUAACUCUGGUGAAAUAUUUACCGUCAUCCGGUAACACCAACACUACUAAUACCCCCAAUACUGGUGCAAAGGCGGACUCUGCAACACUUACCAGCACAGACCCAUCGUUACUUUUGAAUGGAUUACACUCUCAUGAUAAGUUAAAGGGUGAAGUAGGGACAUUUUUCUACUCUGUAGGUGCUGACACCUCGGAUCCAGCAUCAAUUACCAUCUUUCUGAAGAACAUUGCAGACCUUAUCGCAGAAGAGCCUCAGAACUGGUUCAGCAAGAAAAAGAGUUUCCAAGUGGCUAGGAUCUCUUUAUCCACAUGGAACUCUUUCAGAAAAUGUGACAUGAAUAUCGUUGUGCACAUGCCUGGUACAGUUAGCAUGUUUGUGCUCGACUCUAAUGGUGAACAACUGCAUAUCGAUCCUGAGUCCGAUGAUGGGAAAAUUAUUUGGGCGGAAGUGUUUGUCAGCGACGUUGCAAGAGCGUUGAUGCUAAUGAAGGACAACUACGAGGACGGAGAGUCCCAACACUUGGUGGAAACCGUGAUUAUCAACCCGCUAUCAGCCGGUGAAAUUGAUAAAGUGGCUGAUACUUUCAUUAAGAUAUUUCCGAUCGUUUACGAAAAUGGGGAGUUUUUAGGGAGUCCCUGCGACGUCAUUAACGUUUCUAAGACGAAUAACUACCUUGCGGAAACGUUGCUCGAGGUUGUCUCUCUGACUAACUCGGUAGCGCAAUGCAAAGAGAUGCUACUAAAGCUUAUGGAACGUUACCCUGAGGCACUUAUUUUGCUUGUUCGUGUCAUGUUGGCUAACGAUAUGGAGAUCGAUGCUAUUCAAUUGAUUCACAAUCAACUAGAAGAGAUCGAGAAUUACGAUGCCGCUUCAGAAACUACCAAGAAGCCGCUAUUCCCACUGGAUUACAAGUCAGAACUUCUGUGUGUUGAAGCUGAGUUUUUACUGAUGAACAAGAAAGACUUCAAAUUGGCGCAGAUGCUGGCACAAAGUGCAGUGAACUGUGCUCCAAGUGAAUUUAAACCUUGGCACUUAUUGACGAAUGCUUAUAUUAAAUUGAACGACAUCGAGAACGCGUUGCUGAGCCUGAACGCGUGCCCGAUGUCCUCUUUAAAGGAGAAAUACAUCUUGAAAAGAAUUGUACCAUUCCCUGCGGAUAAUUCGCUACACCUGCCCCUACCGGUCGACGUCUUAUUAGACGAGGUGACGACCCUAGAUCCACAAGAAGUACAGAAAGAACAUCAGACUGCAGACCAGGCGCUGGUAAAUCUAGCAGCUGCCAACCUGAAGUCCACUUUCCAAAUCGCGUAUAAAUCACUAACCAGUCUCGUACAAAUCACUGGCUGGGAGACUUUGCUGAGGAUAAGGUCCAAGAUUUUUGUCAUGGAGGACGAGUACCAGAACUCGAGCGAGGAACUGCAUAAUCCAAGAGUCAGCAACGAUGGUGCCUCGUUGGACACAUCAACAUCCACUUUACGUGUGAAAAGGCUGUGCGAGAGAUGGCUGGACAACUUGUUCAUGCUUCUAUACGAGGAUUUGAAAACGUAUACCAUGUGGCAGAGUGAGCAACUGUAUUUUGAAGCUCAAAAUUCAAGCUAUACCAAGUUGACCUUCGAGUGGGAGUUGUAUGGGUUAUGCGCAAGAAGAUUGGGCCACUUUCCUGAAGCUGCUAGGUCGUUCCAGCAAGGGCUACUGCAAAGGUUCUCCCCACAGUCGGCAAGGAAACUUCUCGAGUACUGCGUGAACGAAAGGGAACGCGUCAGACAGCUGUCGAACGUGCCGAACUCGAAGAUGACCUCCAGCCAGAUAAUGACGCGUGUCAGCGAGCUGGACAGCAGCAUCAUCGACCUGUGUGUUAAGAUCUACUGUUGGAACCACAGAUGGUACAUCGAGUUCUCGAGACAAGUGAUACAGUCGAUGGCUGUCGUGAUACAAGACCUGGGGAUAACAAAAGUCUCGAACGAAAUCGCGUCCAAAUACCCGGAGACGGUCGCCAAACUGAUGAAGGACGACGUGCUGGAUUUCUUCACAAAGUACACCAACGACUACUACGAUCUAUAA